AUGCAGCUAAGUCAACUAGUUUUAGUACUAGCACUCUGCCAUGGAUCAGUUUUUGGAUUUUCUGAGACGGCGCCACAGAUAAAUCUAGGUGAAAUACCGCUCAAUGGACAACCCUAUCAGAUAGUGCGCGUUAUUGAGUACAUAGUGCCAUAUCCCUACCAGAGAUCUCCCAAAAUAUCCGCUAGAACUUCGAGUGUAAGAAACAAGGAAUCCAACAGUCUGGAAAUAAUUCCCGCUGACAUCGAAACUCUUCUAAACGAUGGAAGAGCCACAACAGAGGCACCAAAGGCAGUGAAGCAUUUCGUUAUGCGAAUCCUUUAUGAAAACAGAGUCAUUUGCAGUGGUGCUCUAAUCUCGAGUCGUCUGGUCUUAACCUCUGCCCACUGCUUUCCCAGGACUCUGCAUCAACAUCCUUCUAGCUUAUACAAACUGCAGGCCAGUCGGAGUCGGAUAUAUUCGGUGGCCAAUCUAAUUACCGGCACCAUAGAAGACAUGGCUCUAUUGCUGCUCAGCGCUCCACUGAAGGAUCCCCUCGUCCAACCGAUUGAUCUGUGUGACUCACCUCUCCGAAGGAAUGGCAAUGUCACCAUGUACAUGUCACAGCAACAUCUGCGCUUCCUGCGCACCAAACUCAUUCCCAAUAGGAAUUGCAAAAACAGCUAUGCCCAGGACGAGAACGCCUUCAUCACCCAGACCAUGUUGUGCGCCCUGAACUCAAACAGGUUGGUGGACUGCCAGACGGCCAAGGGGGAUGUCCUGCUCCACCAGGAUCGGGUGUGCGGAGUGGACAUCUACGGACAGCACUGCUCCGAUGGGGGCGUCAAUGGCGAGCUGUAUGCCGACGUCUUUAAAGCCAGGACUCAACUAAUGCACUUGAUUGAGCGCUAUUCAAACUAAGCGAUUUAACUAAGAAAUUUCGUAAAAUAUAUAUACUUACUUAUUUUCCUAUGAUUUUUGUCUAAAAAUGUUUAAAUCAAAUCCUAAAGUAGAGAACGCACAUACAUUUAUUGCCGCCGUUCAAUGUUCGUGUGCUGCCCAAAUCAAAUCAAUCUCACUAAACAAACACUGAAAACAAAAGGGCGAAAGUGGGGUGGACCAAAAAAAAAUCGCAAAUAAAAUCAGGGGAUGCCGCCUUCUGUUGGUCGUGGGUAAAAUUGAAAGUCGCCACCAACAAAAUCAGAGUAACACAAAGAGCACUCGCUGGCGAUGUUUUUUUAACAUUUUAUUUUCUUUCAAUUUGCGGCUUAAAAAAGUUAACUGUUCCAUUAAAAUGCCCUGAACUGCAAUGACUAUGAUGUAUGUAAAUUUGAGCGAAAAAACAAAUGGCAAAAAACAAAAAUUGUGAAAAAAAAAUGCACAAUAAGAGACACAAGCGCCACCCAAACCCUCUAAAAUCAUCAUGACAGGAAAAAGGUGUUACACUUGGCUUGAAAUUUACACCGUCGGUGGGCGUGGCAACAUAGGGGCUUCUGUGGCAAAAAAGGGGACGAGAUGGUGUCCUGGAAAAAAAAAACCCGAAGCUUCGCUGGCGGCUAUGGAUACGUCGCUAGCUUUUGGCUUUGGCUUUGCGCUAAAAUAUGCAAUUUUGUCAUGAAAUAUGCACAUGUCCACCGCGCGGCAAGGACGAAACGCCGUGCCACCCACCGCCACCCACCUACAGCAGCACUAUCAGCGACGGCAACAAAAUAAAUUUAAAAGGCAACAUACAUAAAUAAAUUAAGCAUUUAAAAACCCAACGGGAAUAAUGAAAGCCAUAAAAGGCUUAGGUAGUGCGAAUCUGGAAGUGCCCUUCACAAGGAUUAAGCUAAUUAUAAAAAAAAUCGUAGUAGGAGUGAUAUAAUGCUACUAAAGAAAAUCUUUUCCAUUCGAAUUUUCCGCAAAUUACAAUAGCCCUUCUAUUGAAAUUAAGAUAGUAAAGAAUGUACAUAACGUAAGAAAUUCGCCAAUAAAAACUAUUAAAUGAA